AUGAACCUCUGGCUUUCUUUCACUGCUGGUAUUCAGUCAUGUCAUUCACGUCAGAGUGGUGGAAAGGGACGCUUCUUUCUUGUCCGCUAACUAGAAAGAAGGGUUCAUUCUUUUCAGAUUGAAAUUAAAGUUCCACUUCACGUCAAAACGGUAAUAAGCCUAUACUUCACGCUUAUGUUUCUAACUUGGAAGCGGAUGCAUUCUUACAGAGUUGGAACAAAGGUUGUACUUUCAUAUCAAAAGUGAACCUACACUGUGAAGAAGAAUAAGUAUUUUUCUGCGGAUUUUAAAGGACCCCGCCGGAUUUGGGUCGAAAUCUGCCACCCUUUGAAUUUCAUUUUGAACAUGAUGCAGCGAUAGAGCAAGAGCUAGCGCACAUUUCUAUAUACUGAAAUUUCAUUUUAGAGGCCAGGGAAAAAUUUGCUGGGUCAAAUACUGUCUAGGACCAAAAUGUGUCAGAUCAGAUUUUGCCUUUAAACUAGAAAGUUCGAACAGAGUAAAGGAUCAUAGUCUAUUAUUACAGCAACAACAACCAAUACAUAUUCAACAUUUAUUAGACAGUAUUGUCGAUUUUAGUGGCAUAAAUGAAGAUGCUCGAACAUGGAGACAACGUAUUGAAUUAUUAUUUGAUUUAGCUGAUUAUACGAAAUUUAAAUGGAUAAAAUUAACAGCAUUACAUUUAAAAGAUCAUGCAUUAUGUUGGUACAAUGCCAAUAAAAAUAAAUUUCACGAUUGGGAUGUAUUUUGUCAAAUGUUAAAAAAACAAUAUACACCAACUCCGAUGUCAACUACAACAACCGGGCAAACGAUCGAAAUAAACGACAAUAAUAAUCUAACAAUACCAGCACAAAAUGCUUUAUUACUGACUGAACUAACAACUGGAUGA